CGCGGUAGGGAGCCGCCCCCCGUCCUCUCACUAAAUUGCACGGUCCGAGGGUGCGCCGGGAAAAGCCUUCUGGUGGCGAGAGGCGCCCCUGCAGGCCUGGGCUGGGCCGGCAAGGACGGUGGCGGCGGGCGCCAUGGCUCUGCCGGGUGGAAAUAAGGAUAACAUCAGAGCAGGAUGCAAGAAGUGUGGCUACCCUGGUCAUCUGACAUUUGAAUGUCGAAACUUCCUCCGAGUAGAUCCUCAAAGAGAUAUUGUUUUAGAUGUUAGCAGCACUAGCAGUGAAGACAGUGAGGAAGAGGAACUACAGAGACUGCAAGCCAUGCGUGAUAAAAAGAGUUUAAAUGAGGAGGAAGAGAAAAGGAAACAAAAAAGAAAAAGCAAAGAAAAAACAAAAUUAAAGAGACCAAGGAAAAGAUCUUCCUCAUCGAGUGCAGCUGAAGAGGACAGGCCAAAGUCAAAUAACCAAAAAUCACACAAAAAAGAAAGGGAAAAGGAAAAAAAGAAUAAAUCUAAGAAAGGAAAACAUCAUAAAAAGGAGAAAAAGAAGAGACGAAAGGAAAAAAGUUCAUCUUCUGAUAGUUCAGACAGUUCUAGUAGUGACUGAGGUGCUGGCCUAUUGCAUUCACUUCUUCAGAGAACGUUAUUUUUUCUUUCCAAUGAAAUUUAUUUAUGCUUUGCAAUGCUUUUGUUCUGAAAUGGGAUAUAUAUUUUUAAGAAAUCUAUUUGCAAAUAUCAGUGCUUCAAAUUCUUAAACAGAUCAUUUGGGAAAAAGAUUUGUUUCAAGUUUAUUCAUACUGAAUCGUGCAAGUUUAACUAGUUCUUCAUUCUUAGUUCAGUUGUAAUUGGUUGUGUUUGGAAUCCUUUACACUAGAACAUGGUAAAUUUCUGUCUGCAAGUCUUUGUGUAGGAAGAUUUGCACUUAAAUAUGCUUUAUGUCAGAAUGGUUAAGUCAAAUUUGGAAAUUCAAGAGAGAUUUUCUGUUAUGUUACCCUUUAAAUAAAUUCAUGUUUUGCAUAAAAUUUUUUACUUUCAUAUUUACACUUACUGAUUAAUAUAUGUAAUAAUGUUUGGGUCUGGUGGAGGGAAGAAUGAGCAAUGAGAAGCAAGGAGAUUGCUCCUUUGAGAUUAUCUUUAAAAUUCAAUUAGUCAUGACUGUAAAACACGAUUAUACAUUCUUUUGGCAGGAUCACUGUUAGCAAGCUGAAAACCAACAAAAGCUAUUAAAUUUUCAAAGUCCUUUCUGCCUAGGUUUUUUUCUUUUACAGUUAUGGUCAUUUUAUCUUUGAUGUGGAUAUAAAGUGCCACUUCCUAAGACCAGAAGACUGUCCAGCAAGAUUGUUUACCAAGUUCUAAGAACCAUGUUAAUACAGUAUGUGGUGAUUAAUGCCUGCAUGAACCAAACCAGGAAAUUCAGAGGCUUGACAAUUCACAAGAAUCAUGAAGCCUCUAUUCAUUCUAAUAAAAUUCCUAUUGAAAAGUUAAAAAA